ACAUGUACGUGUAAGAAUCCUCUAUAAAUACCUCUUUAUCAAGCUAAAGCUCUUCAAUCACCCAUGAAAUAAUCCACCUUUUAUUUUUGUACUAUAACAGCCACAAUGUGCUUUCUCUCUAAAACACUUUCCAAGUUAUUCCAAGCCCUGCUUGUUCUCAUCUUUCUAUCCACUUCUGCCUCCACUGCAACUUCAGCCCUUACUGAUGGACCAACUAAAGUUGGGAUGGAAGCUUAUUGUCUCUUAAGAUGGAAAGCCAGUCUCGACAACCAAAGCCAAUCUGUUUUAGAUUCUUGGGUUGGCAGGGGACCUUGCAAAUGGAUUGGGGUCACUUGUGAUAGCUUUGGAAGUAUCACCAUUUUGAGCCUCAUUAAUUUAGGCUUAAGAGGUUACAGCAGGUAUGCUUGGUUUGCUACGGGUCCCGGCGGCCUUAAGCCGAUCUGGAUCCUAGCGCCGGUAACGGGUCGGAUUUCCGGGUCGUUACAUUCAGCCCUUACUGAUGGACCAACUAAAGUUGGGAUGGAAGCUUAUUGUCUCUUAAGAUGGAAAGCCAGUCUCGACAACCAAAGCCAAUCUGUUUUAGAUUCUUGGGUUGGCAGGGGACCUUGCAAAUGGAUUGGGGUCACUUGUGAUAGCUCUGCAAGUAUCACCAUUUUGAGCCUUAUUAAUUUAGGCUUAAGAGGUACGCUUCACAGUUUCAAUUUUUCAUGCUUUCCCAACCUUACACGUCUUGAGAUUCGGAACAAUUCAUUGCAUGGUACCCUUCCAUCGCAAAUCUCUAAUCUCUCCAAAAUUACAUACUUGAACUUACAUGGUAAUCAUCUCACAGGAAACAUUCCAUCUGAGAUUGGUAUGCUGAUAGAUCUUCAUACCUUAUCUCUAUCUGUAAAUCUAUUUGAUGGUCACAUUCCUGCUGAAUUUGGAAUGCUAAGUUCUCUUUCUGAGCUCUAUUUAUCAAGAAACAAUUUCACUGGUCUAAUCCCUACUUCCAUGACAAAGUUGGAAAAUCUAUCUAUACUGUACUUAUCGGAUAAUAAACUCUCAGGUUCCAUACCUUCAGAAAUUGAAUUCUUAAAAUCUUUAAAAAAACUUGGCCUGUCGAGAAAUAAACUCUCAGGAUUUAUCCCUCCUUCCAUUGGAAAAUUGAGAGAGUUAUCAAUUCUUCAACUUUUUAACAACAAACUCUCAGGAUCCAUCCCCCAUGAAAUUGGAAUGCUUGGUUCUCUUUCUCAACUCUCUCUGCAGGGAAACAAUCUCACAGGUUCAAUCCCAACUUCCAUAACAAACCUUGGAAAUCUAUCUAUUCUUCGCUUGUGGAGCAACAAACUCUCUGGUUUUAUACCUUCAGAAAUUGGGUUGCUGGUAGCUCUCACCGAUCUUGAUUUGUCAAGUAAUGCUUUAACAGGGAGAAUCCCUACUUCAAUAGGAAACUUGAGCAGCCUGUCGCACAUGGACUUUUCUGGGAAUCGAUUGUAUGGACAGGUUCCUCGAGAAAUAGGAGAACUUAAAUCUCUUAACAUAUUGAAGUUGUCAUCUAACCAGCUUAAUGGUUCCUUGCCUUUGGAAUUCAAUAAUCUUACCCGUUUGAAGUCAUUGCAAUUAGGUGAGAAUGGAUUCACGGGUCAUUUUCCAGAAGAUGUAUGCCUUGGAGGGUUACUUGAAAAAUUCACUUCUAACUUCAAUCAUUUCUCAGGUUCAAUCCCAAAAACUUUGAGAAACUGUACUAGCUUAUUCAGGCUUAGGCUAGAUUGGAAUCAAUUAACAGGGAACAUUUCAGAGAAAUUAGGGAUAUAUCCACAUUUGGAUUAUAUGGAUUUGAGUAACAAUAGAUUCCAUGGAGAGAUUCCACGGAAAUUGGGUCAGUGGAAAAACAUCACAAGCCUAAAAUUUUCAAACAACAAUAUCUCUGGUAGCAUACCGCUAGAGCUUGGAAAUGCCACUCAAUUACAUCUGAUUGACCUUUCCUGGAAUCAUUUGCAAGGGCAAAUUCCUCAAGAAUUGGCAAAGUUGAAGCUGUUGAUCAAACUUUGUCUUAAUAACAACAAUCUUUUUGGCGUUGUUCCUUUAGAUUUCAAGGUACUAUCUAAUCUGGAUCAUCUUAAUUUAGCAGCAAAUAACCUAAGUGGUCCAAUUCCUGGACAACUCGGAGAACUUUCAAAUUUGUUGAUCUUGAAUUUGAGUCGCAAUGAAUUUACAGCAGGUAUUCCAUUUGAGUUAGGGAAUCUACAUUUUCUACAAGUUCUGGAUCUUAGUCACAAUUUGUUGAUGGGAAAUAUACCACAACAACUUGGACAAUUAAGGACUCUAGAAGUGUUGAAUCUCUCAAAUAACAUGCUCUCUGGUUCGAUACCAACCACUUUUGAUAAUUUAUGGGGCUUGACUGUUGUGGAUAUAUCCUACAAUGAGUUAGAAGGUUCUAUUCCUGACGUUAAAGCCUUUCGUGAAGCUCCAUUUGAGGCAUAUAGAAACAAUAAAGGCUUAUGUGGCAAUGCCAGUAGUUUAAAGGCUUGUGCAUCUACCAAGAGUGGUAAAACCAGUCGGGCAAACAGAAAAAAGGUUGUUAUUGUGACUGUACUUCCUGUUUUGGCGGCUCUGUUUCUAGUAUUCUUAAUUGGAGGUCUCUUGAUUCUUCUCCCACUUAGAAGAAGACAAGCCCAAUCAAGGGAGUUACAAGAUAAGGAUAUAUUGGUAAUACCAGGUCAUGAUCAGGAAUUACAAUAUGAAACGAUCAUUGAGGCCACUGAGAAUUUCAACUCUAACUAUUGCAUUGGAGUUGGCGGAUGUGGAGUUGUUUAUAAAGCUGUGCUGCCAUCAGGUCGAGUGUUUGCUGUGAAAAAACUUCAUUCAUUACAGGAGUCUGACAAGUCAAAGAACUUGAAAGCCUUUGAAAGAGAGAUUCAAGUGCUGUUAGAAAUUCGGCAUCGCAAUAUUGUGAAGCUACAUGGUUUUUGUUCACAUUCAAAAGACUCUUUUCUGGUUUACGAGUUCGUGGAAAAGGGUAGCUUGAGAAGCAUUUUAAACAGUGAUGAGGAAGCAGCAGAAUUGGAUUGGAUUAAAAGGCAGAAUAUUGUCAAAGGUGUAGCUAAUGCUUUAUCUUAUAUGCACCAUAACUGCCCUUUUCCGAUCAUUCAUCGAGACAUUUCAAGCAACAAUAUUCUUUUGGAUUCAGAAUACGAACCUCGUAUAUCUGAUUUUGGUACAGCUAUGCUUUUAUUGUCGGACUCUUCCAACAAAGCCUCAUUUGCUGGGACCUUUGGAUACACAGCUCCUGAACUAGCCUACACAAUGCAAGUGAAUGAAAAAUGUGAUGUCUAUAGUUUUGGAGUGAUAACACUGGAGUUAGUAAUGGGAACACAUCCAUGCAACCUCAUCUCAUCUCUUUGGUCAUUGUCAUCAUCAGAUGAUCAUGAUAAAUUGUUGAAGGAUGUGAUAGACCAGCGUCUUCUACUUCCUCAAAAUCAAGUUGCAGAGAGUUUAGUCUACAUUACCAUGUUAGCAUUUUCAUGCUUGCAUCUCAAUCCCAAAUCUCGGCCAACAAUGCAACAAAUUUCUUCAAAGUUGACAUCUAAGUAUCCUCUGGUUUCAAAGUCAUUCUCCACAAUAAAAUUAGAAGAACUACUUUCCAACAAUAUUGCCAACAUUUGAAUAAAUUUGUAAGUUUGUAUAGAAUUAUAGAUGUAGAGGUUUACUUUGUAUAUUUGCUAGUUGAUCUAUGUACUAGGUUGUCACCCUCCUUUCUGGAGGUUUUGAUUUUGAGUUUGUCUUUUUUAUUUUUUUUUCCCUAUGCAUGUUAUCUAGCAUUUUUUUUUUAGUAUUUUCACUUUUUUUAUAUUUUUUUUUACUUAAUAUAUAGUGUAUGGAUUAAAUGUAUGAAAGACGCUCCUGAUUUGAGUUAGCUUGACAUCUUAUGUCAAGUUUUUUUAAUUUUAUAUGAUAAUAAAAUUAUUAUUAUUAUUUAAAAAGAA